AUGGAUCAAACCGGUCGACCCCAGCAGCAGUUCUGCGCGUCACAGCGGCUGAAUGAACCGGACGAAGCAACAGCUGCAGAGACUGCAGUGGAAACGCGCUCUGUGAGAUCACUGUACGAGCGCUCACCGGCUCCUGCGCAUCCAGGUGUCCCUUUCAUCUGUCCCGUCAAACCCCGGGAGUUCAUUAUGUUCCACCAGCUGAAGGAUCAGACGGUGAACGGCAGCUGUCAGGGAACCACCUUGGACUGCAAUAAGAGCGCAGAUGGAAACGCGCUCCAACUCCCCACUUUUUCAACCGCAGCUAAAGUCCGAGUGAUCAUCACCUUCACUCUGUGCGCUGUGUCUGCCGUGUGCAACCUGAUUGUGCUGUGGGCAGCCGGCAAAGGCGGAAAGCGCAAGUCUCACGUCAGGAUCCUUAUAAUGAACCUGACGGUGGCGGACCUGCUGGUGACUUUCAUCGUGAUGCCCGUGGACGCGGUGUGGAACAUCACGGUUCAGUGGCAGGCGGGGGACGCCGCCUGCAGGCUGCUUAUGUUCAUGAAGCUUGUGGCAAUGUACUCCUGCGCCUUUGUGACCGUGGUGAUCAGUCUGGACAGGCAGUCUGCCAUCCUCAAUCCUCUAGGAAUCAGCGAGGCCAAAAGGAAAAGCAAAAUCAUGUUGACCGUGGCCUGGACCAUGAGCUUCAUCCUCUCUCUCCCGCAGAUGUUUAUUUUCCACAAUGUGACCAUAACAGUGCCUGAGAACUUCACCCAGUGCACCACCCAUGGUAGUUUUAUCCAUCGCUGGCAGGAGACUCUCUAUAACAUGUUUACAUUCACGUGCCUCUUUCUCCUGCCCUUGGUCAUCAUGAUUUUCUGCUACACGCGAAUCUUGGUGGAGAUAUCCAGCCGCAUGGCUCAGAAUAACACUCUGUCCAGAGACAUCCAUCUUCGGCGUUCUCACAGUAACAUCCCAAAAGCUCGGAUGAGAACUCUGAAGAUGAGCAUUGUCAUUGUGACUUCGUUCAUCAUCUGCUGGACGCCGUACUACCUGCUUGGCUUGUGGUAUUGGUUGUUUCCUGAAAAAAUGGAGGAGACGGUCUCUCAUUCACUUACUCACAUGCUGUUCAUAUUUGGCCUCUUCAAUGCAUGUUUGGACCCCAUCACCUACGGCCUGUUUACAAUUCACUUUCGUCAAGGUCUCAGGAGACGUCGUCAAAAUUCGACCACCCACACAGAGUUAGAAAACAACACCUGUCUGGUGCAAAUGUCUGGCUUAUCGUCUCGCAGGCAGAUCACCUCUGGUGGUUCUGGUAAACAACCAGGAGAGGAAAGUUACAGCAACAACUUAAAAAAUGCCUCCUGUACUGUCAUUUCAGUGAGUGAGGUUUAAUGGCUGAAAGCCUUUCAGGAAAAAACAGGUGUACUUACUUAUUAAUGUUGCCUACUUCAUUGAUUUUGUUAUGUAAAGCUUCAUACAUUGAAGUCAAAAAUGGUGGAAAUAUCUCAUUUCAAUUAUACCAAUGAAAAGAUUUAGAAGAGUAGAUGCAAAAUCUUAACAUGCUACUGUUUUUGUAAAGAUUGAAGGAGACCAUCCGUAGAACUCAGCAACACUUUUAUGCUCUUAAAAAACAUAAAAAAGAGUCUAAAAAUUUCUAACUUGAGAAAUUUAUGCUCACAAAACUCACCCACUGUCACUAUGAUGACUGUUGUCAAUGUGAUGAUAUGAUUGUUGACUGCAAUAGGGCUAUCUGUUGCACCCAUGGUAUAAACAGCAUUGUCUUUUUAUUGCUCAGUUUAAAGUUUCCUUUAAGACUGAAAUGUAAUCCA